CGAUGGUCACUCGGGAUCGAGCCGAGAAUAGGGACGGCCCCAAGAUGCUGAAGCCGCUGGUGGAGAAGCGGCGCCGGGAUCGCAUCAACCGCAGCCUGGAAGAGCUGAGGCUGCUGCUGCUGGAGCGGACCCGGGACCAGAACCUCCGCAACCCGAAGCUGGAGAAAGCAGAGAUACUGGAGUUCGCCGUGGGCUACUUGAGGGAGCGAAGCCGGGUGGAGCCCCCGGGGGUUCCCCGGUCCCCAGCCCAGGACGCCGAGGCGCUCGCCAGCUGCUACUUGUCCGGCUUCCGCGAGUGCCUGCUUCGCCUGGCGGCCUUCGCGCACGACGCCAGCCCGGCCGCCCGCGCCCAGCUCUUCUCCGCGCUGCAUGGCUACCUGCGCCCCAAGCCGCCCCGGCCGGAACCGGUAGAUGCGAGGCCCCAAGCGCCGCGCCCACCGCUGGACCCCGCCGCCCCGGCGCCCGGCCCCGCGCUGCACCAGCGCCCCCCAGUGCACCAGGGCCCGCGUAGCCCGCGCUGCGCCUGGUCCCCGUCCCCCUGCUCGCCCCGCGCGGGGGAUUCCGGCGCGCCGGCGCCCCUCACCGGACUGCUGCCGCCGCCGCCGCCGCCGCCGCCGCACAGACAAGACGGGGCGCCCAAGGCCCCGCCGCCCCCGCCGCCCGCUUUCUGGAGACCUUGGCCCUGAGCUUUGGGGGGUGGGGCGGGGGCGGGGGCUGGGGGUGAGGUAGAGACUCCAGCCCGAGGGCAGCAGAGGGACCCGGGCGUCGGGGCUAGCAGGUGUUGGGGAGGGCGGCGGGGCGCGCGGGCGCAGUGCGCGGGUGAGAUGUGGUCUAUAUUAGAGUAUCUAUAUAAAUAUAUAUUUCCCUGGUUCCUGUCCCUUUUCCCUGCCCCCUCCCCUUGCGUCUAGGAUUGUACCCUCUCUGCCCCCGGCCCAGCCCCAGUCCCUUCCCGAGUCCCUAGUGCAUGGAAUAAAGUGGUUAUUAAAUCCCCGUGUGUCCCCGAGCCAGGGGCCUGCCUUUAUGUCGGCGUCCACGCCCAUUUUCCUUCUGUCUCCCUUUCCUUCUGUCUCCCGCCCCUCCCAGUCCUGCUCUCCAUGGCCCAAGCCCCGGGGCAGACAGGUAAGUAAAGAAGAGAGCAGAGCGGAGACUGAGGUUGAAGCUGAAACCAGGUGGAAAACACUGAAAUAGGGUAGGAGGAGAAGGGAUGGGAACCUUUAAGGAAAAGCCGGAUAAAGAGGAAGGGAAAAGAAAAAUUGAAAUAAAAUCGACUCUGGUGGGAUUCGAACCCACAACCUUUGAAUCGCUCUUUCGUCACUAGAAGUCCAAUGCGCUAUCCAUUGCGCCACAGAGCCACCUGGCGAGCGGCGGCGUCUGACGGCUUACGGGUACUAGCAUGCGCAAGGGGCGGGGAGGGAGAGGGGUGUGAGGGAAUUGGGCGGGGCGGGCCAGGAGCGCGUGGUUGGGACCUCGCAGGCCUGCCGGGAAGAGGUAGCGGGCCAAAGGCACGAGAGCCCGGUGGGAGUGCGGGCGCGCACGGGUGGAAGAGACAGGGAGAGAGAGCAACCGAGCAGGAGCGAGCGAGUACAGAGCUCCGGCUGCCCGCUUGGGGGAUGCUUCCAGCCCAGGCGCACCCCACUCCCAGAUGUGGCCCCACCCAUGAAAAUAAACUUGUUUCGUUGCAAAU